AUGACCGUUUUAAAAAAUGGGCCGUUGCUGAAGCAGAAACAUUUUUGUCUCUCUUUUGUUUCUGAAGUGAGAUAUCUAUCUAUCUAUCUAUCUAUCUAUCUAUCUAUCUAUCUAUCUAUCUAUCUCUGUUCCCUUCUAUAUUGUUUCUAUCUAUCUAUCUAUCUAUCUAUCUAUCUAUCUAUCUAUCUAUCUAUGUGUUUCUUUCUUCCUAUCUAUGCUUAUCUUUCAAUCUAUCUACAAUAUCUAUCUAUCUAUCUAUCUAUCUAUCUAUCUAUCUAUCUAUCAUUCUUUCUUUUCUUUCUUUCUUUCUUUCUUUCUUUCUAUCUGUGUUACUUUCUAUCUAUCUAUCUAUCACUAGCUGUAUAUUUCUAUCUAUCUAUCUAUCUAUCUAUCUAUCUAUCUAUCUAUCUAUCUAUCUAUCUAUCUAUCACUAGCUGUAUAUUUCUAUUCUAUCUAUCUAUCUAUCUAUUUUUUAGCUCUGUAUCUAUCUAUCUAUAUAUCUAUCUAUCUAUCUAUCUAUCUCUAGCUGUUUCUUUCUAUCUAUCCAUAUCUAUCUAUCUAUCUAUCUAUCUAUCUAUCUAUCUAUCUAUCUAUCUAUCGCAUUCUUUCUUUCUUUCUAUCUGUGUUACUUUCUAUCUAUCUAUCUAUCUAUCUAUCUAUCUAUCUAUCUAUCUCAUUCUUUCUUUCUUUCUAUCUGUGUUACAUUCUUUCUUUCUAUCUAUCUAUUCAUCUUUCUAUUUUAUAUCUAUCUAUCUAUCUAUCUAUCUAUCUAUCUAUCUAUCUAUCGCAUUCUUUCUUUCUUUCUUUCUUUCUAUCUGUGUUACUUUCUAUCUAUCUAUCUAUCUAUCUAUCUCUGGUUCAUUCUAUCCAUCUCCGUUUCAUUCUAUCUAUCUCUGUUUCUUUGUUUCUUUCUUUCUAUUUAUGUAUUUCUUUGUAUGUUUUUUUCUAUUUAUGUAUGUAUGUAUGUAUCUAUAUCUCUUUCUUUUUUUCUAUCUUUCUAACUACCUAUCUCUAUCUAUCUAUCUAUCUAUCUAUCUAUCUAUCUAUCUAUCUAUCUAUCUAUCUAUCUAUCUGUUUCUUUCUUUCUAUGAUUAG